CGAUGAGGUUCGCCGGAAGGACGACUACGACACUCUUCCGGGGAAGCGGUUCUUCACAUGCAAGAACUACGAGGUAAGUUUGAUUUUAAACGCUUUGAUUAUCGUUUAUGGGUUUGCAAAUUGUAGAGUGUCUGAUAUUUGUUUAUGGUGUAACCAAGGCUGAUGGAUUCCACUAUCGUCAGCCUUGGGUGAUAGGUGUGCAGGAGGAGAUCGAAAGGUUGACUAAGCGGGUGGUGGAGGCUGAAGAAGUGAUGUUGGGGUCGUCGAAUCUCUGUAAACUGAUCGACAGACUGGAGGAUCAGGUUAAAAUGCUCUCUGAGCAGGUAGAUGACCUCACCGUGCAGGUUGCUACGUUGGAGAAGGUCUGCUUCGAAUGAAACCGAAGGUCAGAGAGUGCAGGUCACGGGUUGGAGUGAAGGUGUUGGAGUUGAUCAGUCGGUAAAGUUGAAGCCUAGUUUUUUUUUUUAAUGUUGGGGGUAGUUGGACACGGAAAAGUGUAGUGUUUUGUUUCUUGCUACACUUAUUUCAUUCACGGAUUGUCUUAGUAUGUAUUGUGUCAGUCACAACUUGAUUCACGGAUUAUGUAAUAUGGUUUCAAACUCUCUAUAUAUGUUUGCAUUGUAUCAUUAUAUGAAAUAACACUUCUCUCACUUAUUACUCUCUAGCAAGUUCAUUCUCUUGUAAAUGCUAAAAAGUCGAGAUCAUUCAAGUGAUUCCCAUUUAGUACCAGUUCUGAAGGAAGCCGACACAUUCAAGUGAUUCCCAUUUCGCUGCAAGGUGAUUCACAAACGGAGACACACGCAAAGAUCCACAACAAGGUAUAAUAUACAACUUAGUAAUGAAAAAAUUAUAAGAUUAUGAAAAGAAAAGAUUAUAGAGUAAUAAUGAUAGAGUAAUGUAUAAAAUAGAUUAUAGAGUAAUAAUGAUAGAGUAAUGUAUAAAACAAAAUUUAAUGUUAUGACAACUUUUAUAGACUAAUGUUAUGACAACUUUUAUAGACUAAAGUGUAAGAUUAUUCACAUAAAAGAUGAUAGAGUAAUACUAAAAAAAACUUUUGUCAUGUUAGGAAAAAAAACACCAAUGUCUUCCUCAUCAAGUGAUGAAGUUGAUGAAGCUUUAGAAGAAAUGGUUGACCAAGUAGUUGAUAAUUUCAUCGACUCAGUGAUUCAUGCUCAUCCCAACAAGCCGACGAGAAGAGCUUAUAUCGAAAGACAUCGGGAACAAGGACACAAUCAACUAUGGAACGAUUAUUUCACGGAAAAUCCUACAUACCCACCGGAAAUGUUUAGGAGGCGUUUUCGAAUGAACAAGCCAUUGUUCCUUCGCAUUGUCGAACGUAUAACUAAUGAAGUUCCAUACUUUCAGCAAAGACGAAAUGCUUGCGGAAGGAACGGGCUAUCUGCACUUCAAAAGUGUACGGCUGCUAUACGUAUGCUGGCAUAUGGUCAAUCGGGAGAUACAUAUGACGAAUAUCUCCGACUUGGUGACAAUACAUCACGUUUAUGUUUAGAAAAUUUCACUAAUGCAAUAAUUUAUUUGUUUGGAGAUGAGUAUCUACGAAGCCCUACACCUGAAGAUCUUCAACGAUUACUCGAUGUCGGAGAGGUACGCGGGUUUCCAGGGAUGAUAGGCAGCAUCGAUUGUAUGCAUUGGGAGUGGAAAAACUGCCCAACAGCUUGGAAAGGUCAGUACACACGUGGUUCAGGAAAGCCGACAAUUGUCUUAGAAGCCGUGGCAUCACAGGAUCUUUGGAUAUGGCACGCAUUUUUCGGAUUACCAGGUACCCUCAACGAUAUCAAUGUUCUUGAUCGGUCACCAGUUUUUGAUGACAUCUUACAAGGUCGAGCACCUAAAGUUAAGUUCAAGGUCAACAACCACACUUAUCGUAUGGCCUACUACCUUACGGACGGAAUUUAUCCGAAAUGGGCAACAUUUAUCCAAUCCAUCCCACUUCCUCAAGGUCCUAAAGCUGAGCUAUUUGCUGAACGUCAAGAAUCCACCAGAAAAGAUGUCGAACGGGCUUUUGGAGUAUUGCAAUCGAGGUUUGCAAUUGUUAAAAACCCAGCUCUACUAUGGGACAAGGAAAAGAUAGGAAAGAUUAUGAGAACUUGUGUCAUAUUGCACAAUAUGAUAGUAGAGAACGAACGACACGGAUACGCUCAAAUUGAUACAUCUGAGUUCGAGUCAGGAGAGUCAAGCAGAAGUUCGAGGGUGCAACGGAGAGAAAGUAUUCAUGUCGGUGAUAUGUUAGGCAUUCGCAGAGAAGUUCGAGAUAAAGAGAAGCAUGAUCGUUUGAAAGCUGAUUUAAUGAAAAAUAUAUGGCAAAAGUUUGGUAAUGAAGAUUAAUAAUGUUUUUAUGUUCUUCUAUUUCUCAAUUUAUGUAAUCUACUCUUAUGUAUUGAAUAAAAAGUUUUAAAAUAUUUAUAAUAUAUUUUAAUAUUUUAUUUAUGUAUUCUCAAUAAUUUGAAAUUUUCUUUUUUUUUUAAUUUAUAUUAUUAUUUUAUUCCUAUGAACUCCUUCUUCGGGUUCACUAAUGCAAAAAACAACAAAUACAGGUUCAUAACUAUUUAUGGCCCCACCAAAAAAUAUUAAAAAAAUUGGGUGAACCCCAAUGGGGGGUUCACCAAUGCUCAUGCUCUUAUGUUCCUCACUCUUUUUCUUCGUUCUGUUAUUGGGACGCAACAAGGUUGAUAGUAUUGCAUUUUUCUUUCUUUUUUGCAUCAUUAAGCAUAUUCAAACAAAAUAUCCAAACGAAGUUGCAAGCUAAUCAUAUUAUCAAUCAACCUCAUUCAAAUCAACUUCACAGACAAAAUAUGCUUUACAUUCACAUGUACAAUUGAAUAAGCUUGGCCACAUCAAGGAAAAAACACCCUUUCCUGUCAAUUAUCUGUUGAUUGUCAAUUCAAAUCAUAUAGAUAUAUUAUUUCUCUGGAAAUAACCAAGCCAAUACAAAUUGCUUUCAACACAAAACCAACUUUCUUCACAUGUUUUCUGUCAAUUUCUUUACCCACAAAUAGUAUAUAUUCUUAACGCAAAGUUUCUUUAUCUGAACGUUCUGCCAUUAAAAUCAUCAAGGAAUAAACCAAAAAGAAAAGAACAAGAACAUUCUUCUCUUCUUUGGCUCAUUCCCAUUUUAAGCAAGCAAACCACAAACCAAAAGCAGAAGAAAUGAUUACAGAGAAACCCAUUAUCAGAUAACAUAAAGAGUAUCCUCAACCAGAAGAGAGCAAGUUUCUUCUUCUUUUUUUGUGCACCAAGUUCUUCAUUAAAAAGUUCAAACAAUUACAAGACUAAUAGCAACAUCUUACAAGCCAUGAUAUGGGAACCAAGAGGCUAAUUCCCAAACAGAUAAAACAA